GUGAUGACUGUCUUCAGUGGACACACACUCACGUGUCAUCAAGCUGAGUAUCUGAUUGAAAAUGAAUGCUGCCCCAUGUGUUUACCUGGAAGUAGAGUAAAAACUGACUGUACAGAAUUCAGAAGCACAUCCUGCCUAUCGUGUUUGGAGGGAACCUACAUGAACCAGCCCACUGGACUUAAAUACUGUUUAGCCUGCACAAAUUGUGAUCAAGGUUCUGGUCUGAAGACAAAGAAGUCAUGUACGUCAACGUCAGACACAAUCUGUGAACCACUGGAGGGAUUUUACUGUGUGGAGUCUUCAGAUAACGACUGUAAUGCAGCACGACAACACAGACGCUGUGAAACAGGACAAUACAUCAGUAAAAAUGGAACCUCGUCCUCUGACACCGAGUGCUCUGACUGCAGUGAUGGAACCUUCUCAGAUGGAUCAUUUACUUCCUGUCGACCACACACACAAUGUGACAGAGAAAACCUUCAUAUGGUAAAAGCAGGAACAGCUUCAACUGAUGCUGAGUGUGGAGUACAGCCUGAUACCAACGAAUCACAGCUGACAUCAAUUAUAACUGGCACAGUUAUUGUUUUAAUUGCUUUAUUUCAUCUGGAGGCCAAUAGGAGGGAGAGACGUUCAUCCUGCCACUCGUGUGCUCUACCGGUAGGCGGCGGUAGCGGCCAACGCGGAAGGGUCGUCGCCGUCUUUGUCUUUCCGGGAUCGUGCUGCCAAUCAAACGAAUAUACGGCACGUGACGGACAGUGUUGCCCGAGAUGUCUAGAGGGCACAGUUGUUCUAAGAGACUGCAAAGCAGAGUCAGGCACCCAGUGUGUUCCUUGUGAGGAGGGGACUUACAUGAACCGACCCAAUGGCCUGAAAAGCUGCUUCCCCUGCACCUCAUGUGAUCCAGGUGACGGUCUUUUCAAGAGGUACAACUGUACAGUAAAAGUUGAUACAGUUUGUGACGUUUCACCUGGAUAUUUCUGCAAAAGCUGGGAGGAAACAAUCUGCAUUUUUGCAGACAAGCACACGGUCUGUAAACCUGGACAAAGGAUAAAAGAACCUGGAACCGAAAGAUCCGAUGCAGUGUGUGAAGACUGUCAACCCGGCUUUUUUUCACCGCAUGGUGUGAACUGCACAGCUUGGACAGUUUGCUCAGACACUGAAAUAAAUGUCAGAGCAGGCGACGCACAGACUGACGUUGUCUGCAGGGACGCAUCAAGACAUCAUUACUUCCUAGUUUUUGGUAUUUCGUGUUCUUUAGUAACACUCUGUGGUGUUACAAUCAAAGGUUGGAUUUCAAAAAAAACAAAACACAGCCACUCAGGUUGUGAACUCCAGACUGCUGAUAAACAAAUCACAGCUCUUGGCUGUUCGAAGAAGGUCAUGUUAGACACCAGAGAUGAAGCUGCUGCUCUCUAGAAAGACACGUAUGAAGAUGUCGUGGAGCAGUUCACAGCAAACAUUCUCAUCUGAGCUGGUUUCUUACAGUCCCUCACCGUCUGAUCACAGGGUUAAUUUACAUACAUACAUACACACACACACACAUAUAUAUAAACAUUUGACUUAACACUACCUUUACUAUUUUUGAUAUGGGAUGAAAUUCAUUUAAGGUUCGGCUCAGUUUUACAUAAUGUUGAUGUUACAUCUCACCAAAGGUUCCUGAAUAGGUGACCACAGUUCUGUUUAUACUGUAGGUUUUAGGGACCUAGUGUUCAAAUUUCUACGUGCAGCUGCAAUUUGAAUAUUAUUGUUGAAUUUAACGUUAAAGUUGGUCAAGUUAUAGUUAGAUAAUGGUUUGUUUUUUGCCUGUGUAUAUAUCAUUAAUGUUGCAGACUUUGGUUAAAAUAUUGAAUAAGUUGCUGAACCUUUAACUUUGGAACCUUUACCUUUCAAGGAGCAUGGUGGCUUUCAACAUCAUUAUUAUAAUGAAUAACCAUGAGAGAGUUGGAAUAAAACAGUUUUGUAUUUGUGUGUGUCAUCUUAAAAACA